GACGUGAAAAGCCGGUGCACACGCUCUCACCGCAUGUUAAGCUGAAACAUUAAUAAUAAAUAAAAAAAAUGGAUAUUCUCAAGUCUUUAGGACAUCCGGAGGAAAUAUACAACCUGUUCAAAUUCAAAAUGGGAGGCUGUAGGACUGUGAUGCCCAAACUGGAUUAUGAGUCCAUGAGCGAGAGUUUGAGGGCGUGUUAUGUUUACCUGAACCAAACGAGCAGGAGCUUCGCGGCUGUGAUUCAGGCCCUUGACGGAGACCUGCGUCAUGCAGUGUGUAUAUUCUAUUUAGUUCUUCGAGCCCUGGACACGGUUGAGGAUGAUAUGAGCAUUCCUUUGGACAAAAAAGUCCCUCUCCUGCAUCAUUUCCACACUUUCCUCUACCAACCAGAUUGGUGUUUUAUGGAGAGCAACGAGAAAGACCGACAAGUUCUUGAAGAUUUUCCCUCGAUUUCAGUUGAGUUCAGGAACCUGGCGCAGGAAUAUCAGGAUGUCAUUUCAGACAUUUGCCUCCGAAUGGGGGUCGGGAUGGCUGAAUUCCUUGAGAAGAAAGUCGGCUCGAUGCAGGAAUGGGAUACGUAUUGUCACUACGUGGCUGGUCUGGUAGGUGUCGGUCUGUCUCGACUUUUCUCCGCAUCCCUGCUGGAGGACCCCGAGGUAGGUCGGGAUACAGAGCUGGCCAACUCUAUGGGCCUCUUUUUACAGAAGACUAACAUUAUCAGAGAUUACCUGGAGGACCAGCAGGAAGGACGAUCCUUCUGGCCUGAGGAGGCUUGGAGUCAGUUUGCCUCUCGUCUGGAAGACUUUUCUCAACCGCAGCACCUGAGCUCAGCUCUGUCCUGCCUUAACAUGUUAGUGACGGACGCCCUGCGCCAUGUUCCCGACGUCAUUGCUUACCUUUCACGCCUCCGCAACCAGAGUGUCUUCAACUUCUGCGCCAUCCCACAGGUGAUGGCAAUAGCGACUCUCUCUGCCUGCUACAACAACCCCCUGGUGUUUCAGGGGGUGGUGAAGAUCAGGAAGGGGCAGGCUGUCACUCUGAUGAUGGAGGCCACCAAUAUGCAAGCUGUAAAAAGCAUGAUCGCACAGUACAGCCAAGAGAUCCUGCAGAAAGUGUCACACUCUGAUCCAUCACGGGCUAACACUCUGUGCAUACUCGGAGUCAUCGAGGAAAAGACUCUUUCCAAGGCAGCGUUGCCUUCCCGUGCUCACAAUUUCUCGCACGUUUAUCUUUCUGCUGCUACCAUUUUGGCGUUUUUCAGCUGGCAGUAUCUGAACGCCACUCAGUCUCCAAGCAGCGCUGACAUGCAGGGACGCUGAGUCGUGUCCUGUAUCCCAAACGCUCUUCACCCCCCCCAAACCAAGCCAACAGACACAUCAGAGACUGUUAGUAACGUAGAAAAUAUUUUCAUGUCCUUAUCACAGUGACUUCACGGUGACUUUUUCUGCAUAACAGCAUUUGUAUACACAAUAACCCAGUCUCAUGUUCUCUUAAUGUAUGUUUGUUCAUAUAAAUUACCUUUUGGCAUUAUUUUUGGUAUUCCAUAUUAAUGUCUAUGUAGUGUUAUAUAUUGCUCAUGCUUCUAUGUGUCAUUUUAAUGACCAAGCAAAGCACCUGGAAGACAGAUUCACACCCAACUGAGAAAAAUACAGUUAAAAUAAACACAUUUUCGUUUUCCCUCAAUUAAGUUAAAGACAGACUUCCUGUGUUUUAAAAUACCUCAUACACCAAUAUAUAUUUUCAAACAUUAGCUGGCUAGCUAGCUUCAAUGUGUUGUUUUUGUUUUGUUUUUCUUUAAAUGGCUAGCUUUGUUUGUCCAGUUUUUGGCCAUUUUUGUGUAGAAAUUGUUGCCUAAUGCUAACAAGUUUUCUCUGAGGGAUUUCACUUUGGGGGAAAUAUCUUCCUAAUGUUUUUUUUUUUUUGGGUUUUUUGUUAUUUGUAACAAUGUUAGGGAUCAUGUUAGCUAGUAACUCUUGUUUGUGGAUAAUCUCUUAAUACUAGUUAGAUUUGAUUGUGGAUUAUUGUUUGAUUUGAUUGUGGAUUGGCAAGUUUAGAGAUUUUUUUCACUAAUCUUAACUCGUUACUUUUAUGUGAAAAUACAUGCUAGCUAGCAAAGGUAACAACAAAGGUUGAAUAUAAUCAGUUUUACUGGGGAAUAUAUUCACAAUGCCUGCAAACUGUGGGAUUUUCACGUGUAUUAGCUAGUUACUUAUGUGUGGAAAAUUCUCCUAAUGGAUAUUCUGUUUAUGCUAGCUAGCUUUGUGGAUUUUGCUCAUGUUUCCACUCUUGUAGAUAUUAUCCAUAUACUAGCUUUCUUAGUUUGGGGAUUUUCACAAAUCAUAGCUAGUUAAUUUUGUGUAGAAAAAACUCGCUUAAUGCUUGCUACCUUGGUCUGGGGACAAAUGUAACAUUAACAAAUGUUACCUAUUCAGUUUUGUUGGAAGAUAUGUUCUUAAUACUUGCUAGGUGUGUGGGGUGAUUUUUCACUCAUAUUAGCUAACUACAUUUGUGUGGAAAUAUUCUCCUAAGGCAAGCUAGCUUUGGAUUUCUUUCAUCUAAGCUAGUUAGUUUUGUUUAAAGAUAUUCUCUCAGUGCUAUUUAGUUCUGUUUGCGAAUUUUUGUUGAUUUUAGCUAGUUAGAUUUGUUUAGGGGCAUUCUGUUCCUGACAGCGAGUUUCAGGAUAAGGGUGAAUGUUGCCUGGGUAGUUUUGUUUGGUAUUUACCUAAAGCUUGCUUGGGAUAUUUUGCUAAAGAUAUCUAGAUUUGUCUUGAUAACAUCAUUAAUUCUAACUAGUUACCUUGGUUUAGGAAUAUUUGUUACAGGAUUUUUACUCAUUUCAGCUAGUUUGAUUUGUUUGGAGAUAUUCUCCUAAUGCUAGCCAGCUACUGUUUGCAAAUCAAGCCUGGUUUGUUUGAAGAUAAAUAUUGUUUAAAGCUAAAUUAAUGAGAUCAUGUUCAUUUAAAAUAUCUGAGUUUCAGUUUCUAUUCUGUCACUGACAAUUUUCUUUCAUCGCUUAAAAAAUUUGCACAAAUUGAAAAAUGAUGUAAUUGCAUUCUAUAUGAAUGUGUUCUACCCAAAUGUCUAUUUUAAAUGGGUAUAUUAUGCUUUUGCAGCAUAUACUGAGUGUUGCUCAUGGUUUUAUAGUAUAAUUAUAUAUACAUAUUUUUUUUUAGGAACCAAUAAAUUACAGUAUAUGUCUGAGAUAGAUCAUAGCAGUGUCUGGCUUUAUUCACAACAAAGCUUUAAUGAGGACAAUUUUAAGGUUCGUACUAUAUGUUGUACAUAAGCAAAUGUAAAGAAUUAUAUAUAAUUUUUGUAAUAAUGAACUUUGAUUUAGCAUAAAUUGGAAAGAAAAUGAAAGGGGAAAAAGCUCUGAGAUUUAUUUAUUUUUUGUAGCAAUCUAAUAUGUAGUUGCUUUGAAUAAUGUGACCAUUUAAACAGAAACAAAAAGCUAGUCUUUUUAAUUCCAAAAAUAAUUUUCAAUUGGGAUGAACAUUUUCUAUUUUUUGUAAUUAUCUUGUGAUUACAAGAUGAAUAUUCUGAUGAAACGUACACCCAUUUUGAGGAUUUGUGCCACAAAGCCAUAAAUAUGGUUCUAAUGCAGUUGAAUCUGUCAGCUGAAACAUUUUUGUUUCAUAAUUUUAUAAAUAAAAAAAUCUGUGUUUUUCAUUUUAAUCGUGUUUUGGACAAAAUAUCUACUGUCCCAUGUGUUCAACACCAAGUCAUAUCUCAGGACAUGGCCUGUAUCAUAAAUAAAGGCCUGUACUCCCUGGAUGAUGAAAAGUGAUUACUAUUUUCAGAAGAAUCAGACCUUUGCAAGACUGUGUACUUUAUUUCUUUAUUGUGGUAAUAAACUACUGAUCAAAUAAAGCAUGGAAAGUUAUAAA